GAAAUAUACUGCUAUAUUAAUUUUUUAUUUUAAGAUAUUUAUUACUUGAAAGUAUUUUAGUUUACAAAAAUAUAAAAAUCUCAAAAUAAUUUGUGAUAGAUGUAAUUCUUAUUUAAUCUAAACUAUGAAAGUGAGUGUAAAAUAAUUCAUAAAUUAAAAUGUAAUAAAUAAUAAAAUUUAUAAAUAAAAAGAAAAUGAUUAGUUACUUCACACACUAUCAUAUUUUUUGAAAGUCAAAAAAUAUAUGUCACAAUUGCUUCAAAUAUAAUGUUUUAAUUUGAAAUGAUAUUUUUUAAAAAUUCUGAUUGAAUAAAUAAACUAUAAAAAACACCCCAAGACAAAUAGUGAUUAAAAGAUGUCACCAUGACAAUUUUAGAGUUUUAAGAUAUUAAGAUAUUUUUUAGUUAAUUAAAAAUUCAGCCAAUUAAGAAAAUAUAAUUAUAUUAAUAAUAUAGAUUUAGAAAAAAGUAUGAAAAAAAUGAGUAACUUUUAAAAUUUAAAAAUAAAUAAAUAAAUAAAAAGUAUGAAAAAAAUGCUUUUGAAAUGAAAAUGUUAGUAUUGAAAAAAAAAUACAUGAAUUAAAUUGGAGUUAGAAAACUAAGAGCAUAAUUUUGCAAAAUAAAAAAAUCAAUUUAAAAGGGAGUUUUUAUAAAUAUUUUAUUUUCUGAGGUAAAAACAUUAUUGACUCGUUAAAACAGGAGAUUUGUGUAAACAACCCUAAAUUAUAUAGGGGUUUUGAAGGGCCCAAACAGAACUAGCCCAUCCCUUUUAUGUGUACCAUCAUCCCUCAUUCCAUCUCCAUAUUCAUAACUACAAGCAGCUAAAGCAUACAAGCAGGCAGCAGAACACAGAACAAAGCUCUACAAAACAUACAUUCACAAGAUGGGAAAAUCUGGAGCUGAUGAGAAGAUUCUCAGCUACAAUGAUGUUGUUCUCAGGAGAUCAGACUUGGACAUCCUUAAUGGCCCAUAUUUUCUUAAUGAUCGAAUAAUUGAAUUCUACUUCAGUUAUCUUUCUUCAAGCCAUCCUUCAGAAGACAUCAUACUGCUUUCACCUUCAGUUGCUUUUUGGAUAUCAAACUGCCUAGAUACUGAGAGUUUAAAGGAUUUCCUUGAACCCCUUAAAUUACCAGAUAAGAAACUGGUGAUGUUUCCUGUCAAUAACAACGAGGAUGUGAAUCUUGCUGAGGGUGGAUCACAUUGGAGCUUACUUGUGUAUGAGAGAAGUUGUAAUGUCUUUGUUCAUCAUGAUAGCUAUUCAGGGACGAAUAAAAGGCAUGCUUUGCAACUUUAUAAAGCUGUCGCGAGAUAUAUAGGCACCUCUGAUGCAACAGCUCAUGCCAAGUACAUGGACCUUAAUGAUUCACCUCAGCAAGUGAAUGGUUAUGAUUGUGGCUUGUAUGUAACUGCCAUUGCGGGAGCGAUAUGCUACUGGAAUGAAAGCUGCGACCGCAAAGAAAGAGAUUGCCUGUGGUUUUCUGUUGUGAAGGAGCAGGUUACUCCAGCUGCUGUCGCUGCAAUGCGAACUGAGAUUCUAUCUCUAAUCAGAAGCCUUAUGGUCAGCAAAUGAGGCACGUCCAUCAGGACCACUAACUGUGAUGCACUCACAAAGAAGAAGCAAUCGCCAUGGAAGCUGUUGUAAACUCCAGUGGGAAUGCAGGCGGUUCUAUGCUUUAAAAUUUAAUUUGUGCCGUUUUGCUCAGCAGCCAUGCCAGAACUCUUGGAAAAGUUCUGUGCUGACCAUCCCAUAUCAGUGCUUCAUAUUUGUUUAUCAGUUUAUUACUUAUGGAUUGAAGCAUAGCAUUAUGGAUUACCAAGAAUGCACAUCCAUAUCUACAUUUGCCAUUCAACUUUCUUGUGAGGCUACGCGGUUUUCAAUAUCACUUGCUAUUUCUCCCAUAGAUUAGGUAGUAGACUGCUUGCUUUUGAAUUGUGAUCUUAUAUUCUGUAACCUAAGUAUUUGCAUUAGGCCUAAUUACCUAUAUAAUAUUCCAAGUUUUGCACUUA